UUAGCGAUCAGAAAUGAGUGAACAAUCAGAAAAAAAUGGUUCUACUCAAGAGAGACAUGCAGGUCAAAGUUCUCCUGAGAAAAACUGUCACCUCGAGCAGAAGCAACUGCAGCAGAUAGAGCGGCAGUUAAAAUGUUUGGCGUUUCAAAACCCGGGACCACAGGUAGCGGACUUUAAUCCUGAAACAAGGGAACAGAAAAAGAAAGCACGGAUGUCAAAGAUGAAUGAAUAUUUUUCUGUAAAAUGCAAAGUGAUGAAGAAGUAUGACAGAAGCGGCAGGCUUAUCUGCAACGACGCGGAUCUGUGCGACUGCCUGGAGAAGAACUGCCUGGGCUGCUUCUACCCCUGCCCCAAGUGCAACUCCACCAAGUGCGGGCCCGAGUGCCGCUGCGGCCGCCGCUGGGUCUACGACGCCAUCGUCUCCGAGUCCGGGGAGGUCGUCAGCGCCCUGCCGUUCCCCGUCCCCGACUAGGCGCUGCCCUCCGGCCCCCUGGGCCUUCUCUGCGUUUAAGCCAACCUCCUCCUCUUGGGGGAGUUUUAGGGCUUGGGGAAAAUGUUAAAACAGCAACAACAACAACAGCAGACAUCCUUAAAACUCGCGUUCUCCGAAGCCGGAGCGCGGUGUGCGAUGCGCGGCCACCCUCUGACCUUCCGGCUGUGACUCCUCACAGCCCUUGCCCUGUAACCCGAGGACCAGCAGCCGAUGGACGGCAGCGCAGCACCUCCAUCUCUCCUCGGCUCUCAGAAUAAAAAGUCCUCUCCUCUUUGCUGGUACCUGAGAAAAUGUAGUUGGAGGAUUUUCAGCAUUCUGCAGCUGGGAGCUUGUCUUGACACAGAACACAGUAUCGUGAAUUUUUAAUGUCUAGUUACACCCCUAGGAUCUCACACAGCCUCAGUUCUAAAUCAGAAUUGCUAUUUGAAUUAAGAAAAACCUCAGAACCUUGGGACUUGGUACUGUAUACCCACAGUCUCAUUUUCUAUUGUUAGUAUUUUAAUAAUAUUGAAAUUUGGUAUUGGUGAUACUUUAAUUAAAAAUUUG